AAGGAGCAAAUCUUGUGUACUAGUUUAAUUAAGAAUCAUCAGCAGAGAGUCACUCAGACAUUAUUUUGCUUCCUCUGUUUGACUCAAAAUCAAACAGGAUUCUUAAUUAACUACCAAGGGAAUCUCACUUCUCUCUUCUUGUUUGGUGAGAGUCACUGAAGUCUCAGACUCAUCAAACACACCAACCAAACCAGCAACCAACAGAUAAGCCACCAAAAUGGGUGGUUACUCCACCAAUCCCGCCGACUACAAGCUUCUCGAAGAAGUCGGCCACGGCGGCACCGCCACCGUCUUCCGCGCCAUCUACCUUCCUUACAACCAAGUCGUUGCUGUCAAAAGCUUCGAUCUCGAUCGCUGCAACACUGUUAAUUUGGAUGACAUUCGUAGGGAAACUCAGAUGCUGAGCUUGAUCGACCAUCCAAAUAUUGUGAGGGCUUUCUGUUCAUUUGUUGUAGAGCAGUGUCUCUGGGUGGUGAUGACAUUCAUGGACGAGGGUUCAUGCUUGCAUCUCAUGAAAAUGGCGUACCCUGACGGGUUUGAAGAGGAUGCUAUUGGUUCUAUUCUCAAAGAAACGCUCAAGGCACUGUGCUACCUUCACCAACAAGGACUUAUUCAUAGAGAUGUUAAGGCUGGGAACAUUUUGUUUGAUAGUACCGGGGCCGUGAAGCUUGCUGAUUUUGGUGUUUCGGCUUCAACUUUUGAUGCCGGCGAUAGACAGCGUUCUAGGAAUACUUUUGUGGGGACUCCUUGCUGGAUGGCUCCAGAGGUACUGCAACCGGGAACUGGUUAUAAUUCCAAGGCUGAUAUUUGGUCAUUUGGAAUCACGGCACUGGAGUUGGCUCAUGGUCAUGCACCAUUUUCAAAAUAUCCUCCAAUGAAGGUUCUUCUCAUGACCAUACAGAAUGCCCCACCUGGACUGGAUUAUGAUCGUGAUAAAAAGUUUUCUAAGUCUUUUAAGGAAAUGGUUGCUAUGUGCCUAGUGAAAGAUCAAACGAAGAGGCCAUCAGCAGAGAAGUUACUGAAACAUCCCUUCUUCAAACAUGCCAAGCCUCCUGAGCUCUCUGUAAAGAAAUUGUUUGCUGACUUACCACCUCUUUGGGAUCGUGUAAAAGUUCUCCAGCUUAAAGAUGCAGCUCAACUAGCACUUAAGAAAAUGCCCUCUGCAGAACAAGAAGCGAUAUCUCAGAGUGAAUACAAGCGAGGAGUUAGUGCAUGGAACUUUGAUGUUGAUGAUUUGAAAGCUCAAGCUUCAUUGGUGAGGGAUGGUGAUGAUAUUUUAGAGAGGACGGAAGAAGAUGAAAACAAUAUUUUCACCUAUUACGAUGUCGGCACAGCCAAUUCCCAAUUUGGUGCUGGACAUAUUAAAUCAGAAAAGUUACCACAGGAGAAGAUCACAUCACUAAUAGGUGGUAUUGAGAUACAACAAACUGAGCAAAGUGAUUACUUGAACAAAAAGGAGAAGAUUCUUGAAAGUGAUCUUGAGGAACCCAACAACAUUAUUUCAAAGAGAAAAGAAUCCAUUGCAGAGGCUACAACAUCAACUGUAGACAAGGAUACAAGUUUGAGCAAAAUUAAAGCUCAAACUGUGAAAAAUCGUCUAACCCAAAGUGGGCCACUGAUUCCAGGCACAGUUUUCAGUCACUCAUUGUCGGACAAAGGACGUAGACUUGAAAAGCUUGAGAAUGGAAAUCAGUUACCAAGUGAGAGAAUUAAUCGUGAAGUGCGACGAUCUCCAAGUUUUAGCGGUCCUUUGAUGCUUCCAACUCGAGCUUCGGCAAAUAGUUUAUCUGCUCCCAUAAAGUCCUCUGGAGGAUUCAGAGACUCCUUGGAUGACAAGUCUAAGGCUAAUCUUGUGCAAAUUAAAGGGCGAUUCUCUGUGACGUCAGAAAACUUAGAUCUUGUGAAGGAUAUUCCUGUAAGUUCAGUUUCACGCCGAUCUUCACAGGGGUCACCACUGCGGAAAUCUGCCAGUGUUACUGAUUGGACGUUGGAUUUCAAACAAAUGUCAAUUGGUCAGUCUCCUAAAGAUUCUGCCACUACCAAUUUCUCUGCUUCGCUUCUUAUGCCUCACCUUCAAAAUCUUUUUCAGCAAACAUCUACUCAACAGGAUCUUAUAAUGAACCUGUUAGUUAGCUUGCAACCUGCUGAAGCAAUUGAUAUUUCUCAGAAUGGAAAGUUGCCACCUUUACCUCACAAUUCAGAGACCAAUGGAAGUGUUGAUCCAGCAGCUUCGGAGAGGGAACGUCUUCUGCUUUUAAAAAUUGCAGAGCUUCAAACUCAGAUGAUCAAUUUGACUGAUGAACUGACUGCUGAGAAGUUAAAAUAUGUGCAGUUACAACAACAGCUAACAGCUGUCUACAAUCAAGAACAUAAUGGAGACAGGAGAGAGGAAGUUGCUUGAAAGCAGAACAAUUCUAAUCAUCUUCAAGUACAUGUACAUCCAGUUGAGUGACGGGUGAUAUAUGAGCUUCAUUCUUUCUCUCUGCCGAAGGUCUCCUUUUUUUGGUAUUGAUAAUGGGCGCGUAUCUUCUUGGAUCCAACUUUCCUUGUAAUCAAUAAGCUUUAGGCCAGCCAGUGAAAUAGUAAAAUAAAUGAUAUGUGAAGUUUCAUCUCAAUUAUAUUUUAUUCAAGUUCCAAUUUAAUAUAUGCUUCUUGAUGUAUCACUUCGCAAUGAAGUUAUGAGGACAAAGCCCCUGGGGAAUAAUAAUGUCUUUAUAUAGGACAUAGGUGUUAUUAGAACAUGGUUCUGAGCUUGUAUAUAGGAUUAUUAUGUUGUACUCCGGGCUGAACUGGUUGGAUGUUUAAUUACAUAUUGGAGGCAUUUAAAGUUAGUUCAUUAUGGAUAAGAUUUGAAACACAA